AGGCGGGAGAUGGCUCAGCUCACACAGUGGCUUUUGCGACAGGAAUACUGGCUACCUUCAGGGAUCACCUGGGAGGACAUGGAGGACACCGAGGACGUCCAUUAUCCCAAACCCCAUCACCUCCUGUUCAGCCUCCCCAUCACUCUCCUGCUGGUCACACUCCGGUUCUUAUUUGAUAGGAAAAUCGCCAUCCCCUUGAGCAAAAAACUGGGUUUGCAAGAAAAAGUGAGGUGGAAACCUUCUCCAAACCCGAUCUUGGAAGCUUUUUACACAAAGUGGAGGAAAAAUCCCCAAAAGGAAGAAGUCAGUGGCUUAGCCAAACAGUGCGACCUCCAACCAAGACAGGUAGAGAGGUGGUUCCGAUACAGGCUGAAUCAGAACCGGCCCAGCUUAACCAAGAAAUUCUGUGAAGCCAGCUGGAGAACUGUGCACUCCCUCAUUUUCAUCCUCAUGGGAUUGGCUGUCCUUUACGAUAAACCCUGGUUCUGGAACAUCCGCGAAUGUUGGGUUGGGUACCCACUGAAGCCUCUCCAUCUGAGCCUUUAUGGAUACUACCUCUUGCAAUUCUCCUUGUAUUUGACCUUAGUUAUCUCAAUGCCUUUUGACGUCAAACAGAAGGACUUUAAUAUGAUGAUUGUCCACCAUGUGAUCAGCAUGUUGCUCAUUGGCUUCUCCUAUUGCGUCAAUUUCAUCCCUAUUGGUUCACUUGUCAUGAUCCUACAAGAUGCUCCCGAUACUCCGAUGUAUGCUGCAAAGGUGUUUAAAUACCUGAAGUGGCAGAAAACCUGCAACACACUCUUUAUCAUUUUCUCAGUGGUAUUCCUCUUUAAUCGUGCCAUCGUUUUUCCUUACAAGAUUCUCUACAGCACAUUUUACCAUUUGGCAGAGGCCCAUGAGCCUUAUUUUGGCUACUACUUCUUCAAUGCCCUCCUGAUGCUCGUGUAUGUUCUCAAUGUUCUCUGGUCCUGCGUGAUCAUCCUCAUGCUUUAUAGGUUCCUGAUACAUGGCAAGUUGGAAAAAGAUGCACGGAGCGACUCAGAAAGCAGCGAGGAAGACGAUGUGGAUGAAGAAGAGGAUGUGGAUGAAGUGGACCAGAAGGCAAAACAAAAACACACACAAAACAAAACAGCACCAUUGUCAAGGAAUUGCACACGGGCAGGGCUGUCACAAAGAGGAGGUGGAAUCAUGUGCAAGAAUUACCAACAAUUCCUGAGUUUGGUGUUUGCAGUCACAGAGGUCAACAAGGAUCUAGUUCUCCUGCCCAACAUCACCCUGGGCUUCCAUAUUUAUGACAAUCACCAGAUUGAGAGGACCAUUUCCAUAACCAGCCUCUCCCUGCUCUCCACACAAGGCCAAAUGGUUCCAGGUUACAAAUGUGACAAGGAGGACCCCCUGCUCUCUGUCAUUGGAGGCCACAACCCCAAAACCUCAAGACAGAUGUCCUCCAUCUUCAGCACAUUCAAGAUCCCACAGCUAUUUCCCUAUUUGAAGAAUGUGAAAUUCAAUAACAGUGCUGGAGAUGAAGUUUCCUUUUUAGAAAAUGGACGGGGAUCUGCUGGUUAUGAUAUCCUCAACUGGAUUUUCCUCCCCAAUUGCUCUUUCAUUCCUAUUAAAGUUGGAGAAAUUGACCCUGGAGGCCUGGAUUUCACCAUUAACUCAGAUACCAUUGUCUGGGCCACUAAG